AUGCAACGACCACAAGUGGAGGAUUCGGAGGAGCUGAAGAGGUUUAGGGCAGAAUGGAAGGCAGAGGUCGAGCACAGGAGAGCCGCCGCCGAGCCCAACGUCAAGGACAUUGUCGACAACAGUGAGCACAGGCCUGUUCAUCAUUUACCUCUGCCUACUCCAUCGUCUCCCACGAAGCCCCAGCACCGCGUAUCUGCUCUUUCUCAUGUACCUCUAUCGGAAGCGCAAGGAUCAGCUCUAGCCGUGUACCGGAGUGCUGUUGCCCACGAGCAACUCGGUGACCUAGACGAAGCUCUCAGGCUGUAUCGACAAGCAUUCCGGAAGGAUCCCAAUGUCGACAGAGCAUACCAUCGCGAAGAGAUCAUCGCUUCGUCUUUAUCCGCGCAAUUACAUGAUAGCCUGUCCGUCGUUGCCGAAGUCCCCGUGCACAAGACCAAAAGGACUAAUAUCGUAUCGGCUACUACCUCUUUGGCAAAUAUAGUAGCUGGUUUUGCAGAGAAGUUGCACUUCGAGCCUGAGGUAGAGGAAGAAGAUGUCCAUCUGCGGAAGCUACCAGAUGAGGUCCUCAUCAAGAUCCUGACUAGACUUGACCCCACGUCCCUUGAGCGAUUCGCUACAGUCAACCGGAAGGCUCGAGUGUUCAGUCUUGACUCAACAAUAUGGAGGAAACUGGUCAUCGCAGCAUACAGACCACCCCAGGUGCCCAACCAAGACGAAUUGAAUGCCGCGGUGGAAAGGUGUCUGUACGACUAUCGCAGGGUAUACAUAGAGCACCCUAGGGUGCGAAUGGAUGGUGUCUACAUUGCCGUCUGCCACUAUAUUCGUUCAGGACUGAGCGAGAACUCUUGGGUGAAUAUCAACCAUUUGAUAACCUACCAUCGGUACCUGCGUUUCUACCCUAACGGACUAGUCAUCUCGCUUCGUACAAACGAAGAGCAGCCUCCACAACAUGUUAUACCCCUUCUGAAACCUAGUCUUCGUAUGAAGGGAUGUCUAUUUGGGCGCUGGAUGCUCACAGAUACAACAAUUUGCAUAACAAAUCUCGUCGAUGGAAGUGGACAUCUACCCAUCCCUCCUGAUACCGACUUUUCCGACCUAUCUGACGUCAUUUUAGCCAAUUCUGACGCGAUACGUUAUGUCUUCAGCAUGACCCUCUCCCUCCGGUCUCGUCCCCUUGGGAGAUGGAACAAGUUGGAUAUAAUCACAUUUAAUUCGGUGAACAUAGAGACGGGAGAUGCGUCUCCUGUUGUUAUGAAGCACGAGAGGUCUUUCUGGUUCUCCAAAGUUCGGUCGUUUGCCUGA